AUGUCUUCUUCAGAUUUAUUCUCAUCCUUUCUCUUUUAUCAUUCUCUCUGUGCCAAUGUCUUCUUCAGAUUAGUAUUCUCAUCCUUUCUCUUUUUAUCAUUCUCUCUGUGCCAAUGUCUUCUUCAGAUUAGUAUUCUCAUCCUUUCUCUUUUUAUCAUUCUAUUAGUUUUCAUCCUUUUCUUUUUUUUCUGUCUGUGCCAAUGUCUUCUUCAGAUUAGUCUUCUUCAUUUUAUCAUCUCUUUCUCAAUUCUUUUAUCAUUCUCAUCCUGUCUUUUUCUAUUAUUGUGUUUCCAAUGUCUUCUUCAGAUUAGUAUUCUUCUCAUUCCAAUAUUAGUAUUCUCAUCCUUUCUCUCAUUCUCUCUGUGCCAAUGUCUUCUUCAGAUUAGUCAUUCUCUCAUCCAGAUUAGUAUUUCAUCCUUUCUUUUUUAUCAUUCUGUCUGUGCCAAUGUCUUCUUCAGAUUAUCCUUUCUCUUUUUUAUCAUUCUAUGCCAAUCCUUCAGAUUAGUAUUUCAUCCUUUCUCUUUUUAUCAUUCUGUCUGUGCCAAUGUCUUCUUCAGAUUAAUUAGUAUUCUCAUCCUUUCUCUUUUAUCAUUCUCUCUUGCCAAUGUCUUCUUCAGAUUAGUAUUCUCAUCCUUUCUCUUUUAUCAUUCUGUCUGUGCCAAUGUCUUCUUCAGAUUAGUAUUCUCAUCCUUUUCUUUUUAUCAUUCUGUCUGUGCCAAUGUCUUCUUCAGAUUAGCAUUCUCAUCCUUUCUCUUUUUAUCAUUCUCUCUAUGCCAAUGUCUUCUUCAGAUUAGUAUUCUCAUCCUUUCUCUUUUUUAUCAUUCUUUUGCCAAUGAAUUAUUCUCAUUUUCUCUUUUUUUAAUGCCAAUGUCUUCUUCAGAUUAUAUUUCAUCCUUUCUCUCUUUUUAUCAUUCUCUCUGUGCCAAUGUCUUCUUCAGAUUUAUUCUCAUCCUUUCUCUUUUUAUCAUUCUCUCUGUGCCAAUGUCUUCUUCAGAUUAUAUUCUCAUCCUUUCUCUUUUUAUAAUGUUUGUAUUCUCAUCCUUUCUUUUUAUCAUUCUGUUGUGCCAAUGUCUUCUUCAGAUUAGCAUUCUUUUUCUCUUUUAUCAUUCUCUCUAUGCCAAUGUCUUCUUCAGAUUAGUAUUCUCAUCCUUUUCUUUUUUAUCAUUCUCUCUUGCCAAUGUCUUCUUCAGAUUAGUAUUCUCAUCCUUUCUCUUUUAUCAUUCUGUCUGUGCCAAUGUCUUCUUCAGAUAA